AUGAGGAAAAAAGCUGCAUUGUUUAAGGGUGUUAAAUGUAAAGUUAAAGUUAAAUUUACUGAUAAUUUAGUUAUUAAUCCCAGAUCUGAAUGUAUUCUACAAGGUAAAUUAAGUCGUAGCAUUCCUAUUGGAACUCAAGGUGUCUGUGAAUCACACAUUGCAUUGUUAUCUAAGGGAUUAUUUCUUGCUAAAGCUAUUGUUGCCUGUGAUUUAGAACAUAUUAUACCGAUCAAGAUAUUGAACCCUGGCAAUGAAACUAUUUUGGUGCAGAAAAAGUCAAUAAUAGCCACUUAUCGAAUUCUCGAUAAUUCUUUUGAUAUUUUAUCUUGUUUUCAUGUUCAGCCUAAAGCUAAGUCUGUUAUUAAUUCUAUUGAAGAAGAUGCUUUGUCGAGAAUGGAUGUUUUUCCUGAACAGCUAUCUUCAAGUCCAACUGAAGACGACCCAUUCUUCGAAUAUGUACAAGAAAAACCUACUCAGGUUAGAUUCAUCAGCAAUGGAAAAAUUGAAAAAGUUUUCCCAGCCACUCCUUCAGUAUUAGAUGAUCAACUCUAUGAUGGUGACACAGAAGACAUUUAUGAUGAUCAAACACAGACUUCAAAACAUUUUAAACGUGUUACCGAACGUGAAAUUAAACAAUCCUGUGGGAUAAAACAAACUUUAGCUACUAACAUUGAAAAAAAUUGUAAUGGCAUGUUGCUUUCAUUUACCCAUAUAGUGAUAUUACAACUUCACUGGAGACUUCAUCUAGUCGUAAACCGUCUAUACAUCUAG